UAAUGUCUCUGCAGCUGGUUAUCAGGAAAGGACUAUUUGCCCUCCCACUGGGAUAUCUGUGAGGCUUCUGUGAGUUCUCAGAGUUCAGCUGCUGGGCCAGGGCAGAUUUCAAACCCUUGUGGGCAGAUAAGGUCUUCAUCAGCCAGAGAUGUUGAGGGAGACACCAAUAACUAUGCAUUCGGAAAAGCCAGGAGGGCAAAAAUAAUCUGUUUGUCUCUAGGUUCAUCGGGUGUCCUUAACAUCCACGGGAGGGUUUUUGUCCCUGUUCAAUGGGCAGCUAAGCUCCCGCACUCCUCUACUCUUAUGGCAAAGGUGUCCUCACUUGGCCAACACAGAUAAGCUGUCAUCUGUACCCUACUGGAUCCGGAAGUCCAGCGCGCCCUGCACAGCUCGUGCCCUGCUGCUCACCUUGCAUCCAUCUACCAAUCUCUGGUCCUUCAGCCCCUCCUCUGCCUGGCUGACCCAGGUUCACCCUGUGGAAACUCCAGUUCUCACCCUGGGAUGACCUGCAGUGAACUGAAGAGACACACCAGAAGGGCUGUGUUAAGUUUUCAUAACAUCUGCUAUCGAGUAAAAGAGAAGAAUGGUUUUUUAUUUGGUAAGAGAGGAGUGGAGAAAGAAAUAUUAUCAAAUGUAAGUGGGAUCAUGAGACCUGGCCUCAAUGCCAUUCUGGGACCAACAGGUGCAGGCAAAUCAUCGUUGUUGAGUGUCUUAGCUGCAAGAAAAAAUCCAGAAAAAUUCUCUGGAGUUGUAUUGAUAAAUGGAGACCCUUAUCCUGCUGAUUUCAGAUGUUGUUCAGGUUAUGUGGCACAAGAUGAUGUCAUGAUGGACACUCUGACAGUGAGAGAAAACAUACACUUCUCAGCAGCUCUUCGGCUUCCAACAACCAUAUCGAAUCAUGAAAAAAAUGAGAAGAUUAAUGAGGUCAUUGAAGACUUAGGUCUGAAUAAAGUGGCAGACUCCAAGGUUGGAACUGAACAAAUCCAUGGUGUGUCCAGGUCAGAUAGAAAAAAGACCAGUAUCGCCAUGGAGCUGGUCACCGAUCCUUCCAUCUUGUUCCUGGAUGAGCCCACAGAUGCUUUAGACUCAAGUACAGCACAUGCUGUCCUUUUACUCCUGGAAAGGUUGUCUAGGCGGGGACGAACAAUCAUCUUCUCCAUUCGUGACCCUCGGUAUUCCAUCUUCAAGAUGUUUGAUAGUCUCACCUUACUGGCUGCAGGAAAACUAAUAUUCCAUGGCCCUGCACAGAUGGCUGUAGAGCACUUCGCAUCAGCAGGUUACAACUGUGAGCCCUGCACCAACCCUGCAGACUUCUUUCUGGAUGUCAUCAAUGGAGUCUUCACUGCUGUGGAAUCAGACAGAGAGGAGGAAGACAAUGAAUGUGAGAAGAUUGAAGAAUUUUUCUUGAGGGAUGAUCCAGUCAUAGAAAAUUUAGCUGAGUUCUAUGCCAACUCUUCCUUCUCCAGAGAUACAAAAGCUGAACUAGAUCAACUCUCAGAUGGUCAGAAGAAGAGGAUCUCAGCCUUCAAGGAGUUCACCUUUGCCACCUCCUUUUGGCACCAACUCAGAUGGAUUAGCUGGCGCUCACUUAAAAACUUCCUGGGUGAUCGCCAGACCUCUAUAAUCCAGCUCAUUAUACCAUUUAUAAAGGGAUUGCUUGUGGGUGCCUUUUACCUUGUCACAAAAAAUGAUUGUGCUGAAAUUCAUAAUAGGUCAUGGAUGCUUUAUGUGUUGAUAGCCUCCCAUUGUGUUAGCUAUUUAUCUGCAGUACAGUUCUUUCUUGGGGAGAAGAAGCUCUUGAUGCAUGAGUACGUGAGUGGAUACUAUGGAGUGCCAUCUUAUGUCCUUGGAAAACUUUUAAGUGAUUUGCUUGCCAGGAGGUUGUUGCAAAGUUUUAUCUACACUUGCAUACUAUACUUCAUGAUAAGAUUGAAACCAACAGUGGAGGCUUUCUUCAUUAUGGUGCUUACCCUUUUGAUGGCGGCUUGUUCAGUUGAUUCUGUCACACUGGCCGUGACUGUAGGUCAGAGUGUGCUACUGCCCAUACUAAUAUUUCUUAUAAGCAACUACUUUUGGUUUAUGCUGAGAUUUUGGCUUGUGACUGGUUUUUCGGGAACCAAUGAAUCUUGGGUCUCUUGGCUUCAAUACAUCAAUGUUCCAUAUUAUGGCAUGAUGGCUUUGCAGCACAAUGAAUUUUGGGGGCAAAACUUCUGUACAGGACACAGUGAAACAGGGUUCAGUGGCUGUUCCAAUUAUGUAAUGUGUUCUGGUGAAGAAUUCCUGACAAUGGCGGGUAUUGAUCUCUCUACUUGGGGCUUUUGGAAGAAUCAUGUAGUUUUGGCUCUUGUAACAAUUAUCUUCUUCACGAUGGUGUUCUUAAAAUUAUUAUUCCUUAAAAAACAUUUUUAAAUUCCCCUUCAUAUUACUGUGAAUUACUUUCAUAUUAAAAAAUCAUGAUUUAUUUCCAGAG